GCUAUACCGCUAAAACUGGGUAGCCAUUUUGUACUGAAGGUAGCCAUUUUUCCUCGAUCUAUUCCGCGUCGGAAAAGAGUGUGGUUCGUGGUAUUAACGCGUCCAUUGACUCGCAGUGUGUUAUUUUCUAAAAUAUUAAACAAAGUGCACGGAGGUAUUGAGCAUAGUUAUUCGCGUUAGUGGAAAACUAGAGUAUCGUUCGAGAUGAGUGGGUACGCACGUCCACCUCCAAGAAUAGAUGGAAUGAUUUCAUUGAAAGUUGACAAUUUAACUUACCGCACCACACCAGAUGACUUGAGACGCGUAUUUGAACGUUGCGGUGAGGUGGGCGAUAUUUACAUUCCCCGUGACAGACAUACGCGUGAAAGCCGCGGUUUUGCUUUUGUCAGAUUCUAUGACAAACGCGAUGCCGAAGACGCACUAGAUGCUAUGGAUGGACGCAUGUUGGAUGGUAGGGAGCUUCGCGUUCAGAUGGCACGUUACGGACGGCCAACAUCACCACAACGGCGCGGAAACCGCUACAAUGGACGUGAAAGGGGACGCUCCCGUGAACGGUAUCGUCGCCGUUCUCGGUCUCGUAGCCCCGAACAUCGGCGUCGAUCGUACUCGCGCUCCAAAUCACGCACGCCACGCUCCCGUUCCGGAAGUAAAUCGUCUCGAGGCAAGGAUUCCCGCUCUCGUAGCCCCGGCGAACGCGGACAUUAUUAGUGCGAGCGUGUGUAAAUUCAUUUAAGAUCACCCAUCUACAAACUAUGUCAGAUGAGAUAGUUUUGUUUCAACCUGACGACACACGGUCCCGCACACACAAGAAGGGCAACUUGCGGUUUUUGCAGCUGCUGCCCGUGCAGAUUUGCCCAUCCGGUCACUACUUUCCUUCCCGUGUCUUCUUCUAAGCGCUGUCCAAUUUUGCAUCGAGUUCGAUGAGAGAAAGAGAUAGAGAGCGAUGUGUGGAGAAGAGACGAACCAGAGCGUUGCGGGAUCCGUCUGCGAUCGUCGUCCAGCCGCUGAUCCCGCGUCCGUAUUCUUUCGGGCCUGGAUGUAACAUGCGUCCUUGUGCAGGUAUUGCGGCCGUAUAUUGAAUCCUUCGUGCUGCAAUCUCCGCGAAAACCGGAUGCGCUUGCCUUUGCCCGUGUGUGGUGUUUAAUGUUGAAUGAACGCGUGAACAUGGGGUUAUUCCGGCCAACGUCGCAGGAAUGUUGGAGCAGAAGGCGCGAGGCGAGAUGUGGUGCGAUGCUGGAGAUGUGGCGCUGUUUGCCAAGAUGGUGGAUCGUCCGCUUCCUCGCUGUGUUGGGGGUCCUCCGCUACAGUAGAGGAGAAAAAGAGAGCGGGCGCGUACGAAGUAGAAGAGGGAGAGAAGAGAGUGUGUCAGAGGGAGCCAUUCAUUCAUCCGCUUCACAACAGAGCAGGUAGAUGAGAUUUUGUGUGUGUGUGUUUUUUUUUGUUUCGAGAGCGUAAGUGGAUGGAGUCCCAUUUUGCAGGCUGGCGGUUUCCCGGUUUAUCCUGUCCGGUGCUGCCGAGCAGUCAGUAACGCUCACGCCAUACACGAACGAAGCGUCUAUAAGGAUGAAAAUAUUCUCCCGGCUGCCAGUUUCCGGUUUCGCGGCGGCUUGGCUGCGAAUGCAAAUCUGGAGGUUCAGCUGCAGCAGCUGUUUUGUUCCCGGUACUAGAUUUCCUAGCUGCUGCUACUGCGCGCUGCGUGCUGAUCCGGAACUUAGGCGCGCGAGAAGGCUGUGAAUCGUCCAAAAAACCAAACCCUGUUUCGUCCUGUGCCGACGUGAACGCUUCGUGUUUUCUGCGUGUUUUCUGCGUGUUUUUCUUCUCUUCUUCUUUUCUUCCAGCUGAAGUAGUGUGUGUUUAUAUCCUUUUUCCCCGCUUUCCAACACCAUUCCUCACUACUGCUCUCUCUGCCUACUACUCUUGUGUAGAUGCUCUUUAUUUGUGUUCUCUUUUUUUUAUCCGUAACCGAUUAUCUUUGUAUGUUUUCCGGUACGCAAACUUUGCACAUUUACUCUACUCGCCAAACAUGAAACAAAACAUUGGUUCAUCCCCCUUGCAUCCAGACGGGUGGGGGGGGAUGGACCAUUAAGACAAACUGACAACACGCGCAUGCACAUAAACACAUGAAACACUUGCUCACCACACGUGCGCUAGAGAAUUAAUCACAGUGUUAUUUACAUGUCUGUCUCCGAUCGGGCGUCUUCGUGGAGGAGGAGAAAAGGAGGAGGUUCGGAAGCGGAAAGGAAAAUUUCCAUUAUAGAGGGUUCAUUAUCAUGGUUUGGAUGAUGAAGCACCUUGGAAUACAGAUGGCAGAGUGGCGGGAAGCGUGAAAUGUAGCCGUAGCAAGUGUUUAGGUGCCAUUUGCUGAUUUGUUUGUUUGAGCAUACAACGGCAGCACGGACGCGCGGAACACGACACUUCUUCGGCGGUUUUGGAGCUCACACUUCUGCUGGUUGUGCGCGAGCUGUGUGUAUCUGUGGCGGACGAAGGAGAGCGGCCAUAUGGGGGAUUUGGAAUGAAAUGCAGAGAACGCAACAAGACAACGCGAUGCUAGCAGUUCUAGCAGCAGCCCGAUAAUGUUUUUACAUUAGCAUCGUGCAGCUGUACCGCGCGCCGCCUAUUGUGUGGGUGCAGAUAAAAACGACACCGACACGAUCUUUUGUAGCACGUGCGCCCCAAAGGUUCGAAUCUGCAGUUUCGGAGCAACAGUUCUUCGGUUCGGAACGGAAGCACCAUUGCAUGUGUUUUGCGGGAUAUAUGCUGCUCUGCUUACUUCUUCGGUUCUCGUGCCACACGGAUCUCGCGUUUGGCAGCUACUGAUUGCGUAUGGGUGAAAUUACAGGAGGGUGAAUUGUUCUUACAUUUCAACGCCGCCGUGGAAAAGCAGCCACAACCUGGGAAUUGGCAGUUUCCAGCUUAACUUACGUAAACAAAUUUCCGCUCCAUUAAGGAAUCCGUUUCUUCUUGUCCCUUUUGACUGUGUUUCCUGCACGAGAAAGCGCACAGUUAAUUUGAGUGUACGCGCGCGCCGAUGAUCGAACGAACGAGCAACGUUGAACAGUAGAACCAUUCCAAACGGUAUGCAGUUUUAUGUUUUUCCAGAUUUCUCUAUUGAAAACAACGUUCACAAAAUAUGACAACCGCGCAACAAUCAACACAACAACGUGCACGCAAGUAUCGUUGUAUCCUGUGACCCUUGCCCCCAGCUGAGGAGCCCUCCCUAUGAUCUACGGAAGCAGCGUUAUUGUUUUUUUUUUAUUCACUGGAAGAUGGACCAUUUCACACCAGGAGGA